GCCGGGUCGCAACUAGUCUGUCCACUUUGACAGUCGGUGAAGGAAGAUGUCGGGGAAAGUGAAGUCGAGAACUGCUGCGAAUGCCGCCGACGCAGCAACUCAGUCCGUCAACGAGAGAAUUCUGAAAGAGUGUCACACCCUAUACAUCGAUCCAGAAAAUGGACUCGUGAAGAUUGCUGAGAGUCUCGGCCUGUCCUUCCUGGCACCUAGGAAGAAGAUAACAGUCCUCCUCAUCGGUAAUCAUAGCGCUGGCAAAUCCUCCUUCAUCAACUGGUAUGUGGAAGAACAUGUUCAGAAAACAGGGGUUGCCAUAGAGACGCAAGGAUUCACAUUCAUUACAAGUGGUCGCAAAAGAGAAUCUCUCACGGGGAAUGCUACCCUCCAUCUGUACCCUCAUUUUGAUCCUCUCCGAGAGAUUGACGGGGUCAUCGAUUACCUGACAACAGAGAUCUCCACAUCCAAACAGAAGAAGUUCAGCCUUGUUACAUUUGUGGACACCCCCGGUCUUGUUGAUGGGGACAUGAAGUACCCCUUCGAUGUGAACAAGUCCAUCCUCUGGCUGGGCGACCUGGCAGAUUUGAUCUUUGUGUUCUUCGACCCAAUUGGUCAGGCACUAUGCAAGCGAACUCUCAACAUUGUGGAGAAGCUGAAUGACAAACAUGCUGACAGGAUGAAGUUCUACCUGAGUAAGGCUGACGACGCAGGACAUGAGAGUGACCGACAGCGCGUGAUGAUGCAGAUCGUACAGGAGCUGUGCAAGCGCCCGGGUCUGAACCGCACCGGCUUCGACAUGCCCACCAUCUACAUCCCCUCCAUGAACCAGAAGACCAGUCGGUGUGCCAACCAGAUUGAGGAAGUGUGUAAGGAGGUUGAGAAGACCAUCAAUCAGACCAUACAGAACACAUUGAAUGCUCUGGAGAGAGACUGUGACCACAUAGCUGACAUUGUGCAGAGAAACCUCCAGGACGACAGUGUGAAGAGGUCAAAUAACAUGCGAGCGAGGUUGCGAGGGUUCUGCUUCAGUCUUUUUGGGAUGUUAAUGCCGCUGUUACUGCUAGCAACAUUCCUCAUCAGCACAUCUCCAAAGACCCUCAGCCAGUUUGUUGGGGAGAGCCUUGUUGUGACGAUGGCCACAUAUCUGGGCCCCCUGUCCAAGCUGUGGAAGACUGUCCCAACGGAUUACACCAACUACGUCAUCAUCGGGAUCUUGACACUGGCCCUGCUGCUCCUACUGCUGGCCAAGUUCUCCUCCAGGACCAAGACGACUCUGAGUAGGAAACAGAAGAGGAACCUUCUGGAGAUCCGAGACUAUGUACAGAGCACCGUGAAAUCCAAGAAGCAAACAUUAUACCAGGAGUACUUACAGCAGAGUGUGGCUGACCACGACAUGUAGCCACUGCUGCCACCGCCUCCAUCGCUGUCCACAACCGUGCCAUACAUCUCAUGUUGCAAAAUGUCAUCUCACUUCACUGAACACAUACAUUUCAUCCUACUUGUCAGUGUAACUAAAUUAGUAAGCAAGAGAUUAAACAUGAGUGUGCAGUGGGGAAAUUGCCACUGCCACAAAUUACCUGGAUUCCGGCAGUAACGCUUAUCUUCAGAUACCUUCUGUAGUAUUUCACUUUUACAUAAAUAUUUUUACAGAUCUAUUUUACUAUUGAUGUUCCAGUAUUAUACAUGACUGACAUCGAAUACCAGUGUGUCCAUACAACUUUUGUCUCAUUACCAAAGUAUCACCUCGAGAGUUCUUGCUCUUCCAUCCUUGCUGUUAUUGAAUAUUUGAAUAAUUAUAUAUUGAAUAUGUUAAUACAAGCCCCUGUACUAUAAACUGAUAUUCAGAACGUCUGCUGGUCUGUGUUGAGAGUAUUUAACAGUUUGUACAUUAGCUUCAAUCUGUUGCAUUGUGCUUGAUCCACUUUACAAUAGAAACUAUAUGGGCAGUCACUCCAUGUAAACAGGUCUUUCUUAAUAUAGAAUUAUAAGUGUGUAACUUUUUUAAUAUUUGAAACACAAAACGUUCAUCUAAAGGAAAACAUAAAUUCCACAGGCUAGAGAGUAAUUUAGAGCUCAGUCAAACAUCGUUGUGGUGAAGGGGCCUAUGUAAACACUUCAAGGUUCCUUGCAACCGAACAUGAUGAAUAUAGAAGGAAAACGCACAGAUGAAGUUUUUACUUCGAGACAAUUUGACACAUCAACUUUUGACACAAUUUUGACACAUUCAAGUGGGAAUCUUGGACACUGUUUGGAAUGAGGACUGACAAAACUUAAUGGGCAGAGCAAAGAAAUUCGAGUAGUUAGACCUAGAGGGUCAUCCCACUAACAUGACUUUGUGUCAGUUGAUUUGGGAUGGGAUGAUUUUUUAAUUAUUUUUUUUAAUAAAUAUAUCAGGAAAAAGAUGUACUUACCAAGCUCUAAAAUGAAAUUGAGUAUUCUGAUUGAGAUUGUUAUGAAGAAAUAUUGUGAUUACUUUCUAUGUGGAAUCUGUUUCCCAUCUUCUAUAAUUUGGAAAAACUGUACAAGAUAUUGUUGUUUUAUUGAUGUCCAAUGUAUUUGUACAUCUCGACAAGGGCUGGAACCGACACCAUGCCCCCUUUCAUUAUGGCUCUUGUAAAGUGUACUUAAUGAUUGUAUUGGACUAUGGGAAGGUAUUGAUAUAAAUCUCUGCAGUAUAGUAUUUUGUGAUACAUAUUUUCCCAGUCUUGUCCUGAUUCAUGAUGGCAUAACUUGAUUAACUGAUGUAUUGAUGUGGUGCAAUAACAGUGUGGCCUUUUGCCCUCAAACACUGCUUCUGUGCGCUGUGUGCCAUGCUUCAUAUGACAAGUCUCCAAGGCUAUGAGCCUACAUCCAACCGGUUCCAUCUACCCAUACGUUACAAUUAGGGUCAUUCUUUAAGGUCAAUUUUAGUACCUGUUUUUUUAGGGGGAAAUGUUCUCCAUUGCUUCAGGUGAAGUGUUUGCUGGAGUGGAGAGAAAAACCUUCAGAAUGUCGAAGUAACUGGAGACAAUUAUUUACUUUACCAACUUGUUUGUGUAAAUAUUUUGAUUGGUUAAGCAGCAUUUGUUAAACAACUUGUGAAACUAUCUGGCCUCAUCGAUUAACAUUGGUGAUAUAAAAGAAAUGUACAACUGUUUUAUUUCAGUCAUCUAAGCCUUAGACAUCAAGAUCAUCAUCUUUAUUUUGAGAUGAGAAAUCUUUCAGUUCAUAUAUUUAUUGUUUGAAGACUUUGGUGCCAAGGUGAGAACAAAAUUAAAAAUCAUUGCAACCAAUUGCAGGGUUAUGGUGCUAGAUUCUGGCUUUUCAGAAUUUGGUUUUGAUAGUCAAGGCGUCAUCAGUUUUGAUGAGUCAGGAGGCAGCAGUAGAUUAGAAUUGUACUGUGCAAGAUGAAAGGACAAUCCUAUAUUUGGUGAAUGCUGAGUGAAUGGACUGAUUCAUGUUCUGAUGUCGGGUGUUACAACCAAGAUAAUCUGACACGUUAACAUUUAUGUUGCUAUUGCUCUCUUCUUGUAUAGUCUAAAUAAUAUACACAUGGAGAGACAUAGGGUCCAGUAUUCAACAUACAGGGUAACCUUGUCAGUUGGGAUUUCCAGCCUUCAACACCACUAUGUAGGUGCCUAUUGAUUGAGAUGAAUGAGGUUUCCCUGUGUGGAAUGUUAAUGUGUUCAGUGUAUGGCUACAUCUGGUGUCAAAAUGCUAACUCCGGCCAUCUAAAAAGUUGAUCAUGUAAAGCAAAUGUUACUCUCCAUCAGUUUAUUAGAUAUUUGACAGAAUGGUACAUAAUUAUAUGUCUAUGAUUGAAGGUCCUUUGUUAUGUAGACUAAAUAACAUCAAUUCUAGUUCCCUUCAGCCAGAGAUCAAUUCUUGAUCAUGUAGUUGUUGUAGUACUGCAGAUUGUUUUGUCAGGUGUAGGUGAGUAUUCUCUUUUAAUAGAUGAUUAACUAAGGUGAGACUUUACAUCUGUACAAAAACAAUUGGUUUGUUUUAUCCAGUCAUUUCCAGCUAAGGUUCUAAUGAUCUUUGAUAUUUUACACUUACAAAUAACACGUUUACAUAUCCUACACUUGUGGAUGUGAGAUUAUGUUUGGUUGUUGGGUAGCAGAUUUGGUGUCAAAGUUCCAAAGUCUCGCUAUUGAUACUUGUGAUAACUUCUAGGUUCUAUUCAUGUGUGGGACCAACAAAAUCUUGCUCAGCUGUUUGGCAAAUGUUUGUUUUUGGAUGUCUAUGGAACUUUGAUACCCUCUGCAUGUUCUGGGUUUCUGUUUGAUAGUCAUUGUUUCAGCCUUGUCCCUGUCAGUUAAAGUGUCUGUGGGCACAUCUUGGCAUCAAUGAGUGAUGUCCGUUUAUUAUCUUGGGGUGGGUUGGAAGGGAAUUUUUUUGUUUUUUGGUCAUGGUUUCAAAACAAUUUUGUUCUCUUGGAGGAGGAACCAGCAUAUUCAGCAAACAAUGUUUUAUGUUGUUUUGAGAAAAACCUAAAGCAAAAAAAUAAUUCAAACAAAUUAUUUUAUUGUACAUAAAUAGCAAUAAAACAACAAUCUGACUGAUAAAAGAAACUAUAAGUAUCCAUUUUUAGUAUUCAUGUGUUUAGUAAGGUGAGGCCUACACUUCCAGUCAUAUCAUGUUGCUGAAUUGUACAAUACACUUCGUGUGACUGAUUCAGUGAUAGGUAUAAGUUCUCAUUGUUCAUUAUUCCUGCAUCACAUGCUUAUAUUUCAUUAUCAUCCUUGACAGGGACGAGGUGUCUCAUCUAUUACUACUGGUCGUUCUUCAAAGGCAGCUCAAUAUUGUUCAUGUUUACUGGUACAGAGGUUUAACUAUCACUCAAUAAAUGUCUCCCAGAUUA